AUGGUCCGGCGUUUUAGAAGCUAUUUCGGAAGGAGACAACAAAUGCAUGCAGUUCGCCAUCAUGAAGAACCACAUCAUCGGAAGCGAAGAUUGUCUGUACCUGAACGUAUUGGUGCCACAGGUUUAUUUCAAAAAGCAAUUAUGCAAAGUGGAUGUGCAUUUAAUAUAUGGGCGUUAAAUGAAAAUCACAGAAUUGUGGCCUUUAAGUUGGCCAAUAAUUUAGGUUGUUUAAGUAAUGAUCCCGAGGAAAUAGUAAAAUACUUAAAAAACGUACCUGCCAUUGAUUUGGUGAAAGGAACUAAAUUCAAGAAUGGCACAGAUUAUCUGGAUUACAAGUUCGUACCAUCUAUUGAAAGUGCCACUGUCAGUUAUCCAUUCUUACCGGCUCAUCCUGAACAAUUAGUCAACGAUAGAUCUCCAAUACCCGUAAUUAUUGGAGUUAACAAUAUGGAAGGAAUGGUAGCAUUAAGUAGUGCAAGCCAUGCGGACGAAAUUAAUUAUUUGUUCCAUAGUAAACUAUCUGGGGUCAUUCCAAAACCCAACUCUCCGGAACUCGAAAUGUGUAAGAUGAUGGGUAAGAUGUGGUCCAAUUUCGCGAAAUCUGGUGAUCCAAAUUCGUCGGAUUUAAGUUUCAAAUGGGUUAACGCGAGCGCAAGUGAUCCAAAAUAUCUGUCAAUAGAUGGAGACAGGACAUGUAUGGCCGAUGGGAUGAUAAACAGCAACAGGUUACGUCUUUGGCAAGAGAUAUCGGAAUCCGUUGUUUAG